AUGCUUUUCGGUAAACGUAAUGGAGAGGACCGGCGCGUCGUCAGGCGCAGCCAGACUCAGCUUCCCAUGCUGGGUCUGGCCGACAGUGCUCGAAAUAACCUGAUUGCUGUGGUAGGAGAGUUUGUCGGCACGUUCCUCUUCCUGUUCUUCUCUUUUGCGGGAACUCAGGUCUCCAAUACACCCAAGCCGGCGCCCGGUGCCCCUCCCAACACCUCCAACCUUCUCUAUUCUUCCCUAUCGUUCGGCUUCUCCUUGACAGUCAACAUCUGGGCGUUCUAUCGGGUGACGGGGGGUCUCUUCAACCCGGCAGUCUCCUUGGCACUAUGCCUGGUCGGAGGCAUGCCGCCCCUUCGAGGCGUCUUCGUCUUCGGUGCACAGCUCGUAGGCGGCAUCGCAGCCGCAGGCGUCGUCAGCGCUCUGUUUCCCGGUCCCCUCAACGUCGGAACUCGACUGGGUGGAGGCGCCUCCAUCUCUCAGGGUCUAUUCAUCGAGAUGUUCCUGACAGCCCAACUGGUCUUCGUCAUCAUCAUGUUGGCCGUCGUGAAGCACAAGUCCACCUUCCUCGCGCCGGUCGGUAUCGGUCUCACUUUCUUCGUCACCGAAAUGAUCGGUGACUACUAUACCGGAGGCUCGCUGAAUCCCGCUCGCUCCCUCGGCCCAGACGUGAUCAACCGAAGCUUCCCUGGUUAUCACUGGAUCUACUGGGUCGGACCGCUCCUCGGAUCUCUGCUGGCCUGUGGAUUCUACACCUUCCUCAGGAUGUUCAAAUACGAGUCCGUCAACCCAGGGCAGGACUUCGACGAGUGGGAGGCCAAGCGUGGACAUGGAUCGCUCGACGAAAAUGGAGGCAGAGGCUCGACAGCCUUUUCGGAUUCGACCGCUGGCGCACCAAGCCAUUCCCCUCGAGGUGUAAAUCAUCCUGGUGGACCGGUCAGCGGGGCGGACCAGGUUUAA